AAUACUGCUAUGGCAUGUUGAAGGUUCGAGAUCGAAAAUGUCUUGCGAAUCAGGGCAGGAGUGGUCUGUUGAACACGCCAUCCAGACCUGCAGCACAGUUCAGAGUAUGAUAGACUUCACAGCCAAACAUUUGUACGGCCUUCGCACCCAGUGUGCCCCCAAUGAACAAAUCACUCAAAAGGAAAUACGUGAUACCGAGAGCAAGUUAAUCAAGCUGUUUAGUCAGCAGUUAGUCAUUAAGGCCAAACUGGCUAACGAUCAGCGUCUUGCUGAGUUUCCCAAGAUUGAGAAAUGGCUCAACAUUUUUGGUAUCAAUGAACAAGCAAUCUCUGUGAUUGUAAACAAGGGAAUCCUACUAACGUCUCUCUUGAAGAUGAAUGAAGAGCAAGUCCGGUCUCUCUUUCGUGAUAAUAAUGCUGAAAAGGAAGCGAUUCAGGAACUUACGACGGCCUUAAAACAUUUAAAUGCUUGGACAGACAAGCAGAUUAAAGGAGAUUCUUGUGAUGAAAACGAUGUUGAGCUUCAUUGGACUCGAUACACACCGUCUCAGUCCUCCAGUGUUGCUAACAGCAGCAGCAACACUGAAGCUGCUGACGGUGAAGGAAAUAGUAAUGGGGGUGAGGGUACUGCGGGAAGUGGUGCCAAUGAGGGGGGCAGUGGUAAUAGUCGCGGCAUCAGCAGCACCAGUACCACUGGAGGAGGAGGAGGAGGCGGCGGGGGGAGUAGUGGUGGUGGUGGUGGUGGUGGUGGUGGUUUAGGCAGUGGUAGCGGCGGCGGUGGCGGGGUUGAUACCGGAUCCCCGAAAUAUAUCUCUUGCCCUUCCACGUCGUCUCUUCCCUCGGAAAGCUUUCAACCGGUCCACAUCCCCACGUCCCCGCAGAGCACCCCAUCGUCGCCCGUGCCGCGCAACCCAAAAGAAAGACACAGAGGCACCCCUCCUCCGACCCCAACAUUAGUCAGGGCAAAACCCAUGGGCAGCAAAUACCCAAGUACACCUCCCCCCAAGAAAAAGAUCCAACUAUUUCCAGAUGCCUCAUCGCUAAAGAAAAGCCGAUCCUGUGAAUCUCAGCUGGCGAGUCGAGUUACAAACAUCGACCCUGUGAGACAGAAAAAGAAGCCCGGGAACAGUAAGAUAGGAGGCAGUUUUGAAAUAAUAAAUCGCCGUCCUUCAACAGAAGGCUCGGAGGCCGGGGGAAACAGCCAGGGCCCUUCCCCGGUUCUCUCGCCUGCAAUGAGAUCUCCUCCAUACAAAGCUGAUCCAAAUAGUUUGAAAGAAUAUCACAAAACAAAUACUCUUCCAGUUCCUAAAUCUCCUCUAGCCCCUGACCAGACUAUUAUGGUAUCUACAAACCACAGAUUUAUCAUUAAACCUAUGUUUGAGAUCUGUGAUUAUUGUGGGAAGCAUGUUUUAUUUGGAAAAAUAUGUAAAGAUUGUAGGUAUAAAUGUCAUCGCGAUUGUGCCAAUAGAGCUCCCAAUACCUGCAGCCUUCGUUUAAAGUAUGGUUCUCCCAAAAACACUCGGCGAAGCAUUAUAAAGCUGGUGAAGUCUGUUCCUACACUCCAACGCCAGGAUUCAGGCUCCAACACAUCGUCUUGUAACUCAUCCACCCCAUCUUCUCCUGCUCUCCCCAUCACUUCCCCUGCCAGCAUCACUUCUCCCUCUCCGGCUGCCUCCCCGAAGGUUGUGCCCUUACCAUCUCAGUUUCCGUUCCCAGAUGUUGUCGAUGGCGUUAUUGAUCCUCAUCUAAGCAAAAAUCUUGAUUACUCACAAGAUAUUGAUGUCAACACCACAACAUCUGAUGACAGCGAUAGAACCCUUGUACCUAGUAUAGAGGAUAAGACUCUGCUGGACAGAGUUGAUUCUUCUGAGUUGGCCCCCGAGGAUUCAUCAGAACACAGCUGGACCCGACAACACAGUCUGUCCGUUCAACUGAAAGAGUGGAAUAUUCCUUUUGAAGAUAUUACAAUUGGAGACCGAAUAGGCAUAGGGCGGUUUGGUAUUGUACAUAAAGGCCAUUGGCAUGGGGACGUAGCUAUAAAGAAACUAAACAUAGACCCGACGUCGGACUUCCAGGCACAACUGUCUGCUUUCAAAUUGGAGGUGGCAAUGCUAAAGAAGACACGACAUGAAAAUUUGGUUCUCUUCAUGGGUGCUUGUAUGAAGCCCCCAGAUUUAGCCAUCGUGACCAGCUUCUGUAAAGGGAAAUCACUCUUUUCAAGCAUUUACGAAUUUCGUCAAAAGUUCCAAUUCAGCAAAACUGUAUAUAUCGCUACUCAAAUAGCACAGGGCAUGGGGUACUUACAUGCAAGGGGAAUCAUACACAAAGAUUUGAAGACUAAAAAUAUAUUUUGGGAAGAGACCGGCAAAGUUGUCAUCACUGAUUUUGGUUUAUUCAAUCUUACUAAAUGGUGUCAUGGAAAUAGGAAAGGAGAUUGCCUGGCAAUUCCUCUCGGUUGGCUGUGCUACUUAUCUCCAGAGAUUAUGAGGUCAUUACAAGCAGGGAACACCCAGGCAGCUAACACGGAACUGCCUUUCUCUAAGAAAUCCGACACAUACGCAUUUGGAACGGUUUGGUACGAACUGCUUUGUGGGGAAUGGCCUUUCAAACAGCAGCCUCCAGAGAGCAUUAUUUGGCAGGUGGGACGAGGGAUUAAACAGUCUUUGUGUCAUAUCAUUACUUCCAGGGAUGUCAAGGAUAUCCUCAUGGAUUGUUGGGGUUUCGAUCCUAAGGACCGGCCUGAGUUCAGCCAGAUACCACGGGCCUUGGCUCGGAUACCAAGGAAACCAUUGAUUCGCAGUCCCUCACAUCCAGUUCAUCUCUCGAGGAGCGUUGACUCUGUGUACGUUGCCUGAACAAACAGUGUGAGGGUGGACGAGUGCGGAAACUAGGGGGUGGGUGGGGUACCUGCUUGUGAUGAAUGAGAGCCAGCCAACCAACCAACCAACCAACAAACCAACUUUGCAUGCAGCACCAUUUUGUGUAUAUGGGGGGGGGGUGAGCGGGUGUGUCUACAUUUAGGUGAGUACAUGUCUGCAUACACACACAUAUAUCUAUCCAUCUUCCAUCUGUAUGUGUGUAUAUAUAUAUACACACACACACACAUGCAUGUAUAUACGUAUGUGCUUAUUUAUCUGGCAUUCUCUCUCUAUCAUAAAUAUAUAUCUUAGAGAGAGAGAAAGUGAAAAAUACAUAAGUGUCUGUGUGUCUACUGUUUAUGCCAUGUGAAUUUAGAAACUUUGAGAGAACGUGAAAUAAUUCAUUUUUAACUGUUGAACUCAAAGCAGAUAAAGCUGUAACCAAUGACCUGUAAAUAUCAGCUUAAAACCCCUUUUUGGAUAGGUGAAGUCCCAUGUACAGCCUUUGACUUUCUUGACCCCAAAAGGGUUUUUGACCCUAUACUUACAUGCUGUUUAUGUAUACUACCCUGAUGAGUUCCACAGUUAAAAAUAAUACAUACAUAUUUGUGUGUGUAUAUAUAUAUAUAUAUAUAG